AUGAGCGAGGCCCUGAGAGCGGCUAAGUACGCCGCCUUGUUGAGCGAGGCAGGGAGACCUUCAGGCGGCGGCAUUUUGCCCGCAGAGCGUUUGCCCCCCACGUCUGCAUGGGUUGUCCUGCGUCGUUCUCCUCGCCGUGUCAUUGUACUGCGCCAGACUCCGAAGCCCGUCGGUGACAAUGUUCGGUUGGAGAUGCCGUCCGCCUUCGUGAAGCGUGGAAGCCCAGCUACCUGCGCGCUGUUACUUCACGUUCGUGCACCGAGGUUCGCGUACCACAUGCGCGUCAUGGCCUCGGCUGGCAUCUCCGCCGCUGAGAUCGACUGGAAUCUCCUCGGGCUGUCUCCACCGACGGUCACUGUCGAGAGUCCGCGCCGCGACGAAUGCUCGUCCGAGGAAGAGGAAGAAUCGAAGACGGCUGACGUGUCGAUGGCUGAGCCCACCGAGGGUUCAUCUGCUCCCGCGGCUUCGGAGGCGGCGUCUGCUGGUUCGUCUGAGUCCACUGGGACGUUCAAGCGCAAGCGCGAUUCGCAAGCCGAGUCGGCCUCUGCCGAGGGCACGGCAUCUCAGCCUUCUCCGCCCAAGCGUUUCGGUAGACCGUCGGUCGACCUGAGCGCCAGAGCUGCAGCGGCCGCUGGGUCAUCUAGCCCUCGGUCAGCAUCGUGUGAGGUCCCUGCACCGCCUCCGUCGACGCCACGACCCUCAACGACGUUCCGGACUAGCCGACUGGAUGCUCAGCCUCUUCCGUACGAGCACUCGGACGUGCCGCUAUAUCCUAGGUUGACGGGCGCUGCUCCAGUUCCUCAGCCAGAUCGGUCUCCGCCUCCACGGGACGAGGGGUCUCCCGACUUCGGGUUCAGCGGUGCUGGAAGUCCAGACGACGUCCUGCAAGACGAACUUGAGCCCAGCGAGAUCCCGGAAGCGUCGGUCAGUACAGUGGAGGCUGAAGGCUCCGCUUCCGAGGCUCCUGCUACCACCACCGAGUCUCCGCCUGCCGUCCCGGUUCCCGAAGCUGCGUCGAUCGUGUCCCAAGCCUCGGUCAGCGUUGGUUCGACGGGCGACGCACCUGCCGAGUCUCCUGCUGGUGACAACGAGGGUCCGUCUGCCUCGAGAAGCUCGCCAUUGGCUCCUCCAACGAGGACUGCCGCUGGCCCCGGUGCCUCAUCGCCUCCCAGGGGCUCGCCAGAAGGAGGGUCGUCGGAUGGCUCGGAGACCUCGGAGGAUCGUGCAGCACUCAUGCGAGAGAUGUUUGGCUCCGACGACGAAGAAGAAGAAGGAGCCUCGGCUGCCCCACGGACAGGUCCUGCAGCACCUCCGGCGCCUCAGGCUACGGCGACCGAGGUUCCUGUGGCUGCCCAAGCCGCUCCAGCUGCGCUGUCCCAUCGACCUUACACUCGGUCGACUUCGGUUCACGCUCACGCGUUGGUGACAGCUACAGUGACUGCCACACCGAGGGCUGGUCCUGCUUCUAUCACCCCUGCGGUGGUCGACGCUUCAGACGCGGCGGCAGGGUUGCGCAAGCUCAACAACCUGGCGUCACUGUUCCUCGAACCGGGAUUCGUGUCACCCGGCGGUCAAGAGUGUUGGAGUUUGAUCCAGAACGCUGGCGUGCCUCUCAUUUUUGACGACGACUUAGUUGCUCCGUGUUCGGCGGACGGGAUCAAGGCCUUCGGCAAGUGGGAGAACCUCGCUCACCCUUUCCAAGUUCUGCGCCGGGUCUUCCCGGAUCCAUGCCUGAUCGACGUGACUGGGCAGUUCCAGGGCAAUUCCUUUCACUCUAACGAGAAGGGCGACCUCGGACUGGCCGUGUGGGAGCGUCGUCAUUGGAUUCGGGCGAAGGCCGUCAAAGCAUUCAUCGACAACCUCGCUGCAACACUCGGUCACCGCAACCCGGUGGUGGUGAAGCUUUGCAAGAAGUGGGCCAAGUACUACAAGCGGCGCAGCUACCGUUUGCGAGAUCGGAUGGUCAACAAGCUGUGGGUAGGAUGCAUCGACUACGACGGGCAGCCCCGCCAGCACCCGACCGAGGUUCUUUUGGAGCCCUCUUACUUGCACUACUCGUUCGAGGUGAUGGAGUGGGUCCCUACGACCCACGACUGCAUCUCUGAGAUUGCCGAGCUUGAUGCCCGCGAGCCGUGGCGUAACUGCUGGUUUCAAGAUCCGGCAAGCCACCCGUACAACUGA